GCGACAACGACAACGCCAUGUCUUUUUUCUGUAACCUUCCAUUUGUGUGAACUUCAUAUGAGUGGUUUUAUUUUUUGAUAAAUACCAAACAAGAGAAAACUAUAUCCAUCUGGAGUAUUGCUAAGUAAAUAAGUGCCUUUAUGGUAAUGAAGGAUUUGACUACUAUCCGAAGUCCCCAUGGAUUCCGAAGAUUCUCGGGAGGCUUCCUCUGGAAGUGGAAGCGAAGAUGAUCAAGGAAGAGUCAGCCGUGCUAGCAAAAAAUCUGCUGGUAGAGAAUCUUACAAAUCCAGAUCAUCAUCAAGGUCAUCCAGUGCUGGUAGCAGAGCUCAUUCAGCUUCUUCACAAAGUUCUGCUGGGAGUAGAAGUAGGCCACCUUCUCCAGAAGCAGAGGUAGUUCAAUCUAGAUCUAAUAAAAGUAGAUCACCUGAUUCUAAUUCUAGUAGGAGUAUGUCUCCAAAUGAGGUAUCAGGUGCCCCAGGAAGUCAAUCUCCCAAUCCACGAUCACCUAAAAUAAGAUCUAAAGAAAAACAAGGUUCAAGGUCACCAAGUUCAUCUUUCUCUUCUUCAUCUGAAGAUGAAGGACCAAAAUCACCUGAACCAGAGAGACCAGUUUCAGGAGGGCCUAGGUCACCACCUUCUUCCCCUCCCAAUGACUAUCCCAAAUCUCCAAGCCCACCUCCAGAUAUGUUAAACCACCCUAGAUCACCAUCACCAAAUCAAGUUAGAUCACCUUCAGCCAGUCAACCCAAGUCAGCUUCAUCAAACCCUCCUAGAUCACCUUCACCACACCAUCCUCUUUCAUCUCCACCAAAUCAUCUUAGAUCCCCUCCAAUAAACCAUCCCAGAUCACCUUCACCCAACCAUCCUACAUCUCCUUCACCAAACCAUCCUAGAUCCCCUUCACCAAACCAUCCUAGAUCUCCUUCACCAAACCAUCCUAGAUCUCCUUCACCAAACCAUCCUAGAUCCCCUUCACCAAACCAUCCCAGAUCCCCUUCGCCAAACCAGCACAGAUCCCCUUCACCAAACCAGCGCAGAUCCCCUUUGCCAAACCAGCACAGAUCCCCUUCACCAAACCAUCGCAGAUCCCCUUCACCAAACCAUCGCAGAUCCCUUUCACCAAACCAGCGCAGAUCCCCUUCACCAAACCAGCGCAGAUCCCCUUCACCAAACCAUCCUAGAUCCCCUUCACCUCAGAGCUCCUCUCGUAGCUCUUCUCAAGAAUCUCAUGGACACAAGUCUGACCAUUGUGUAAAUGGGGAAGUGAAAGUCAGAAGCCCGAGAAGUCAUGGAAGUCCAAGACAACCAAGAAGCCCAUCACCACAAAGUUCUGUGAGAAGCAGUUCCCCUGAUUCUCCAGAAAGAGGUAGCAAUAAGCUUCAAGAUCGCAAUAUUCCGCCAAAAGAUGACGGUCCUCAUCGUCAACUUUCAAAACGUUCUAGAUCUUCAAGUGCGUCUAGCAGUUCUCAAGGAUCCCCAGAUAGAUAUGUAAGAAAAAAACAUCCAAAUAACGACAACGCGUCUGUCAAAAGUGACAGUAGUUCAAAAUCUAGUAGACAGUCCAGAAAAUCAGCUUCGUCUAGAGGAUCGAGAAGAAAUAGGACGCGAAGAAAGCGGGCUUCUUCGGAUUCGAGCGACAGCAGUGUAGAUUCGUCUAGUAGAAAAAACAAACACAUCUCUAAGACUGAUACUCAGCCUGAAGAAAUAUCUGAUGGUGACAUUGAGUCUGAAAAUGAAAAGGGUCGUUCAAAAGCAAAUCCUCCCAAACAUGAAAUUAAUAUUUCUCAUGAUGACCUUUCUGAUGUGUCUGAUUUAGAAGAUUCAAUCGGCGGACAUUCUGAUAAUGACGAUGCCCAAAGUUCCAAAUCUGAAAAAAAAGUCAAGAGUACAGAAUAUAAAGAAGAACAAGCAUUGUCAGCAUCCCCAGAACCUAAGAAGGUAUCAGAAAAACAAACCAGACCAGAAGAAGGUGAGGAGCAAUUGGACUUUGAAGCCGAAGAUGGCGAGUGUGAAGUAGAAAUUAUUAAGGACAAAGAUGAAACUGAAGAACGUUCCAAAAAUGAUGAAACUGAAAAGACUGAUGAGAAGGAAAAAGAAAAGAAGGAAGAGAAACAAAGAGAAGAACUAGAAGAAGGUGAAGUUACAGAUGAAGACGAUGUUAGACCGGAGGAAACGGAACCAAGGCCAGUUUGUAGAUUCUUUUCAAGGGGACAGUGUACAUGGGGAGCAAGUUGUAGAUUUUUGCAUCCUGGCGUUACAGAUAAAGGAAACUAUACAAUGUUCGAAAUGAUCAGGCCGGUUGUACCAGGUGAAUUUCGUGACGAGAGGGUAUAUGGUAAAGUAGAACCGCCAGUCGUAGAAUCAGCGUGGGAGAGGGGACUUCGUACAGCCAAAGAAAUGCUCCGAAAAUCAGUUAAGAGGAAGGAGCAGGAUAUAGAUUUUGAAGAAAAGAAAAUGAAUUUGAGUUUAGCUCAAGAAGAAUUUGAUAAAGAAAAUGGUUAUUAUGGAAGGGUUGCUUCACCAGAACCAAGGUAUGUGCGUCAUGUUGAGUAUCCGGCAAGACCACCUCCAGAAGAGUAUUAUGGUCGAAGACAAGUUGUUUACGAACAAGAUUAUAUGCCGCCACCUCGUGAGAGAGUUCGACCUUAUCGUGAACUUCCACCGCAUCGUAUGCCUGAUUAUUAUAGCAAUAAGUACAAUGAGGAGGAAGCGCCUCCACAUUCCAGCAGCAGUACCGGUAAAAGAAGCAACAAGCCAAAGCGGGAAGUGAUCGUGCAAAGGGUUGAAAGCGAGCGUCCAUCGUCAGGAAGAGGCGAUGAAUGGUCAGAUCCUUGGAUGAGAUCCAAGGAUCAAGGCAGAAGAAAAGAAGCAUCAGGUCGUAAGAGGUCAUAUAGUACUGGAUCGUCUUAUUCAUCUAGCAGUUCUUCUAGUUCCUCGGAUUCGAGCAGAAGUUCCUAUGCGUCACGAUCAAGAACGACUCGACCACGUAGAUCAAGAUCUCACAAGGGAAGGCCCGUUUCACCUUCAGUUAUAAUGUCAGAGAGAAAAGCGGCCAAUGAAAGAGCUGCUUUAAUGAAUCCUCCAGCACCAAAGAGAAGAGCUCCUUCACCAGGUAUGAUGAGACUGAGUGCAGCUGCUAAUCCGCCAGCUCCAUCAAGAGAUGAGCAGUUUAGCAGAAGCAGAAGCAAAUUAGCAGUUGCCGCUGCGUUGGCGAGAGUAAGAGGUCGCCGAGCCUCGAGAUCAUCUUCUGGAAGUUCAUCGGGUAGUUCUAGCGAUUCUGAUUCAUCAGACUCCAGUAGUUCAAGCAGCAGGGAUAAUAGUCCACCAUCUAGAGGACCCGUUGAUUUGGUGAAAGCUAUGGAUGCUUUGAAAGGAAGCGCUUUAGAGAAGAAACAAAUAAAACUUAAUUUGAAGAAUCCGGUUGGACCCAAAAAGCCGGAGAAUCCAAGAAGUGCAGAAUCGUCUCAAGCCAAAAAACGACCGGCAAGUUCUCCACCUCCCGGUGAUCCCAAGUCGAAGAAAGUGACUUCAAGAAGAGAAGAACUAUUGAAACAAUUAAAGGCUGUGGAAGAUGCCAUUGCAAAGAAGAGGUCAAAAGUUAAUUGAAUCGACUGAUAUAUAAUAUCGAUCGUCUGUAAUUUUAAGCAUUAAUAGUUAUCUUUUGUAUAUAUUCGAGUAGGAUUUAGUGUUGCCGACUGUUUGAUUCAAAUUACUUACAUUUUUUGUAUUACUUAGCUAUCUGUAUGAGAGAAAAAAAAAUAAUUCAUAAAAUAUAUGUCUUAAGCAACGAU